AUGACUGAGCAAGGUGGCGCCUCCAGUGGUGUCGAGCAAACAGGAGCUCCUGGAGCUCCCGGCCGUAUAUCCUUUUCCGAAGGACGUUCCGCGAGACGCAUAUCCCGAGUGUCCUAUAAGGAAGACUGGGCCAACCUUGAUGAAUAUGGUAAGCUCGUCAAGUAUAUCUCCACCUUCCGCGAGGGCGGGGAACAAGAAGGAGAGGAAGAAAUUCAGGAGAGGAGGGUUUGGUACGCUCCCUGGAAGAAGCGGAAGAUCAGUGUCAGACACGUGGAGCAGGAGCCUGGGAAAUAUCCAGAUGACUGGCUCGUCACAGACAUCCAUCAGGGUUUGCCCAGUAGCGAAGUUUCUGUUCGUCGUCGACGGGCUGGAUGGAACGAACUGGUUUCUGAAAAGGAGAAUCCUAUUGCUAAGAUUCUCUCAUAUUUCCGUGGUCCCAUUCUAUAUGUCAUGGAACUUGCUGUUCUUCUCGCGGCCGGUCUUGAGGAUUGGAUCGAUUUUGGUGUUAUCAUUGGCAUUCUGUGCCUCAAUGCUGCCGUCGGCUGGUAUCAAGAGAAACAGGCUGCCGAUGUCGUGGCUAGUUUGAAAGGAGAUAUUGCAAUGAGAGCUCAGGUCAUUCGUGAUGGCCAGCAGCAAGAGAUUCUGGCUCGUGAACUUGUACCCGGAGACGUAAUCAUCAUUGGAGAAGGACAAGUUGUUCCUGGCGACUCCAAGAUUGUUUGCGACGUGAAGGACCCUAAUGGAUGGGAGGAAUUCAAGACAAUGCUUGAACAAGGAGAUCUCAGCAGCACUUCUGAAUCCGACAUCGAAGAUGAUGAAGGAAAGGAGCAGGAAGAAAAGAAACCUAAAAAGCCAACCAAGAGGCGAGGGUACCCGAUUCUGGCUUGCGACCACUCUGCUAUUACAGGAGAGUCGCUUGCAGUAGAUCGUUACAUGGGUGGAAUGAUCUAUUAUACGACCGGCUGCAAGCGUGGCAAGGCCUAUGCCAUUGUUCAGACCUCUGCGAAAACAUCUUUUGUCGGCCGAACCGCCAGCAUGGUUCAAGCAGCGAAGGGUGCAGGACACUUCGAAAUCGUCAUGGACAACAUUGGUUCAUCUCUGUUGAUCCUAGUUAUGGCGUGGAUUCUGGCUGCCUGGAUUGGUGGUUUCUUCCGGCAUAUCCCAAUUGCCUCUCCUGCCCAGCAGACCCUCCUCCACUACACUCUAUCGUUGUUGAUUAUCGGUGUUCCUGUUGGUCUACCUGUCGUCACCACGACCACGAUGGCUGUGGGAGCAGCGUACUUGGCAAAGAAGAAAGCUAUUGUCCAGAAGCUUACUGCCAUUGAAUCGCUCGCUGGUGUCGAUAUCCUGUGCUCCGAUAAGACUGGAACGUUAACCGCGAAUAAAUUAAGCAUUCGAGAUCCAUAUGUGGCUGAAGGCGUCGAUAUUGACUGGCUGUUCGCCGUGGCUGCUCUUGCCUCUUCUCACAAUAUCGAAUCGCUUGACCCUAUUGACAAAGUGACGAUUCUUACCCUGAGACAGUACCCUAGAGCUCGAGAAAUUCUCAGAAGAGGGUGGGAGACUGAGAAAUUUACACCGUUCGAUCCGGUGUCCAAACGGAUCGUAUCAGAGGUUACCUGUGAUGGGGUUAGGUACACUUGUACUAAGGGCGCGCCAAAGGCAGUUCUUGCACUUACCAGCUGCUCCAAGGAGACUGCAGACCUGUAUAAAUCAAAGGCGCAGGAAUUUGCACACCGAGGCUUCCGAUCCUUGGGAGUUGCUGUUCAAAGAGAAGGAGAAGAUUGGACACUCCUAGGCAUGCUACCCAUGUUUGAUCCACCACGAGAAGAUACGGCGCACACGAUUCAUGAAGCUCAAAAUCUGGGGAUCAGCGUGAAAAUGCUUACAGGCGAUGCAUUAGCAAUCGCUAAAGAAACCUGUAAAAUGCUUGCUCUCGGUACUAAAGUGUAUAACUCGGAUAAACUGAUCCAUGGUGGUUUAAGUGGAGCAUUGGCGAGUGACUUGGUUGAGAAAGCGGAUGGAUUCGCCGAAGUCUUCCCAGAACACAAAUAUCAAGUCGUGCAGAUGCUGCAAGAACGCGGCCAUCUUACAGCAAUGACUGGGGAUGGUGUUAAUGAUGCCCCGUCUUUGAAGAGAGCCGAUUGUGGCAUUGCUGUUGAAGGAGCUUCCGAGGCAGCGCAAUCUGCAUCGGAUAUUGUCUUCUUGGAACCUGGCUUGUCAACCAUUAUCGACUCAAUUAAGGUUGCCCGACAGAUUUUCCACCGCAUGAAGGCAUACAUUCAAUACCGCAUUGCCCUUUGCUUGCACUUGGAGAUCUAUCUAGUUACAUCUAUGAUUAUUCUCAACGAAAGUAUCCGAGUUGAGCUGAUUGUCUUCCUCGCCCUCUUUGCGGAUCUGGCAACUGUGGCGGUGGCAUAUGAUAACGCAUCAUUCGAUCUCCGGCCGGUGGAAUGGCAACUUCCAAAGAUUUGGUUUAUUUCGGUCCUUCUGGGUGUGCUGCUCGCACUGGGAACAUGGGUUGUUCGUGGCACUAUGUUCCUUCCAUCCGGUGGUAUUAUUCAAAACUGGGGUUCCAUUCAAGCAGUUCUCUUCCUCGAGGUGGCACUAACAGAGAACUGGUUAAUUUUUGUCACUCGCGGUAUGGACACUUUGCCAUCUGUGCAUCUGGUUACCGCCAUUCUGGGGGUUGACGCUCUGGCAACUGUUUUCUGUCUGUUCGGUUGGUUCACAAACCAAGACAUGCCCACAAUCCCGAAAGACCAAUUUGUUGAGACUACGAACGGCUGGACGGAUAUUGUUACUGUUGUCCGUAUCUGGGGGUAUUCGCUGGGUGUGGAGAUUGUCAUCGCAUUGGUGUACUUCAUGCUGAACAAGUUCAAGUGGCUGGAUGACCUUGGCCGGGCGAAACGCGACAAGGGAGAUAUUAAAAUCGAAAGCUUACUUGGUCAUCUUGCGCGCCUGACGAUUGAGUAUGAGAAGCCUGGCGAGCCUCCGGGGCGCUUUUUCUUGGCCGCCAGCAAGGAGGAGGAGGAUGUUGAAUAA